AUUGUGCUUCCGUAUUUUCGUUCCGCCACCCCAUUAUCGCAGAUAUUCGUUUUCAAAUUAGAACGGGUAAAAGCGACUAAAAAGUCUAGCGAUUAGUUUGUGAAUACUGAUUACUUUUAACCCGUACGAACUAAAGUUUAGAGUGUUGACAUGUAUGUAAAUAUAGACAAUUAUCAAGCACAGUGAGUGUACAGCUUGCUAGGAGAAUAGAAAUGGAUUCAGACAAGAGGAGGGAAAACCGGAGCUGGGACUGGGAUAGCCCACACUGCCGUGCCCAGCUAGAUGAGAUCUUCUUUCGUCAACAUGACUACAUUCGGUCAGGCAGCCCUGAACACAAGGAAUUCUGGGCCUUUUUUGAACGCUUCCAGAGGUUCAAGGCAAAGAAGGACAUGUCAGGGGUCGGGGGCAGCAGGAAAGUAGACAUGGAGGAGGGGAAAGAGAAGAGAAAGUCUGGCAGCGGAAGUGUAGAUAUGGGUCUUCCUAAAGAGUAUGACGCCCGCUAUCGGAUCAAUGUGUCGGUAUGCACGAGGGAUGUAGAGGAACGGCUUGGCCGUUCGGACCACAGACACAGACAGAGUUCGUCAGGCCCGGGGACUCAGGAGAUAGCUGACUGUCGUCUGGCCCUCCUGCACUUCCUGGACUUCAAUCAGAAGCAGAGCUUUGCGAAACUAGCUAAACUACGCAAGGAUCAGAAAAAUCUCCCCAUUUACCAGUACAAGGAUAAGAUCGUGGACCUGGUUCGCACCAACUCGGUGGUGGUGGUGGCGGGCGACACAGGCUGCGGAAAAUCCACUCAGGUGCCUCAGUACCUUCUGUCCUCUGGCUUCAGUCAAAUAGCAUGCACGCAACCCAGGCGCAUCGCUUGCAUAUCCCUCGCCAAGAGGGUCAGCUUUGAGAGUCUCAACCAGUAUGGCUCCAAGGUGGGGUACCAGAUCCGAUUUGAGACCACCCGCACAGCGGCCACCAAGCUGCUGUUCCUGACGGAGGGGCUUCUGCUCCGGCAGAUCCAGCAGGACGGGGCGCUGGCUCAGUACCAGGUUCUGAUCGUAGACGAGGUCCACGAGAGGCAUCUCCACUGCGACUUCCUCCUGGGGGUCCUGCGCUCGCUGCUGGGCACCCGCCCUGACCUCCGCCUGGUCCUCAUGUCUGCCACCAUCAACAUCAAACUCUUCUCCGACUACUUCAACCACGCCCCCGUGCUGCAGGUCCCCGGGAGGCUCUACCCCAUACAGGUGAUCUACCAGCCCAUCCCCCAAGAAGAGCAGGCAUCCCGUUUGGAGAAGCUGGACCCGCGGCCGUACCUGCGCGUGCUGCAGGGCAUCGACCAGCGCUACCCCCCCGAGGAGCGCGGCGACCUGCUGAUCUUCCUCAGCGGCGUGGCAGAGAUCGCCACCAUCCAGGAGGCCUGCCAGGUGUACGGCACACACACCAGCCGCUGGAUAGUCCUGCCCCUGCACAGCACCCUGUCCCUGGCCCAGCAGGACAAGGUGUUUGACAUUGCUCCACCUGGGGUGAGGAAGUGCAUCAUCUCCACUAACAUCGCUGAGACCUCCGUCACCAUCGAUGGCGUUCGCUUCGUCGUAGAUUCAGGGAAGGUGAAGGAGAUGAGUUUUGACCCCAAGGCCAAGAUGCAGCGUCUCCAGGAGUUCUGGAUCAGCCGGGCCAGCUCUGAGCAGAGGAAGGGCCGGGCGGGGAGGACCGGGCCGGGCGUGUGCUAUCGCCUCUACGCAGAGUCUGACUACGACGCCUUCGCCCCUUAUCCCAUCCCCGAGAUCCACCGUGUGGCUCUGGACUCCCUGGUCCUCCAGAUGAAGAGUAUGAGCCUGGGUGACCCACUGUCGUUUGUUUUCAUCGACCCUCCUCCCGUGUCCAGCAUCCAGACUGCAGUGACCUACCUGAGGCAGCAGGGGGCGCUGGACUCCUACGGGGACCUUACUAACAUAGGCAGCCUGCUAGCGCAGCUGCCUGUGGAUGUGGUCAUAGGGAAGAUGCUGGUGCUGGGCUCCGUGUUUAACCUGGUGGAGCCUGUGCUGACGGUGGCAGCGGCUCUCAGUGUCCAGUCGCCUUUCCUGCGCAGCGCCCAGCACAACCCUGACUGCGCUACGGCCCGCACGCCCCUGCUCAGCAACCAGGGAGACCCCUUCACUCUGCUCAACACCUUCAAUGCCUGGGUGCAGGUGAAAGGGGAGAGGGGCGAUGCUUCCAGGAAAUGGUGCAGGAGGAGGGGCCUGGAGCAACAGAGGUUGUACGAGAUGGUCAACCUACGCCGCCAAUUUAAGGAGCUUCUGAAGAGUCACGGCCUGCUGGACGGAGAGCGUGGGGCGCCCUCCGGUGGGGACCGGGGGCAGCGCAGGGACCGGCUGACGGAGAGGAGGAAGCUGCAUCAGAUGAAGAGGGAGCACGACCUGCAGGAGGGCGGCAAGCGGAAGGUCCUGAGGCUAGAGGAGGGGCAGGAGGGGGACUCCUCCGGGUCAGACGCGGAGGACACGGGCAGAGACAAGAAAGACAAGGACAAGUCCGGACAGAACAUAGACAUACAGGAAGUGAAGUUCAAGUUGCGCCACAACGUGUCGGAGCUCAAGGAGGCGACCGGCGCCAGUCAGGACCUGUCGUCACGCCAACAGGCCCUGCUCAAGCUGCUGCUCUGCCGAGGCCUCUACCCACAGCUGGCACUGCCCGACGAGCACAACGCCACGCGCAAGGACUCCGAGCAGGUCUUCCACACGAGGAACAAGCCGGGCGUGGUCAUCCACCCCACCAGCGUGUUCGCCAGCGACCCUGAGGUGCUGCACGUCCCUGAGCAGGAGUCCAGAGAGAUGGGGCCGGAUCAGAUUGAGAGCAGCAGGCACCAGCUCCUGGCGUUUGUGACUCUGCUGGAGACCAACAGACCUUACGUGUCCAACUGUGUGCGCGUCCCGGCCCUGCAGGCUCUUCUCCUGGUGGCUAACUCUGUAGACAGCAACGCUGACUGCACUCGCCUGGUGGUGGACGGUUGGCUGGAGCUGUGUCUGAAGGAAGGGGAGGGCGCCCUGAAGGUCCUGGCCACCGCCCUCACGCUCCGGGCGGACUGGGAGCGCCUCCUGCAGGCCCAGCUGAGGCAGGGCGAGGCCGGUGGGCUGGUCGGGGCGGGGGGGUCCCGCAGGGACCUGGAGAAGCUGAGCGAGAGCCUCGUCCGCUUCCUGCUCUACACCGAGGUCAGUUACAGCCUGAGGAGGCUCACCGCCCUCCAGACCACCACCCUGUACAUCGGGCCCCAGGCCCCGUCCGGGCUGGGGGAAACGCAGGCUCCAAACCCCCUGUUCCCUGGAGUGGAAGCCAAGCCUGACCCCAUUAAAGGAGGCCUGAGGGUGGCCAGCUACUUCACCUACAACUGUCUGAGCGACUCUAAGGAUCUGUACAGCGAGUGCCUGCGCACCUUCUGGACUUGCCCCAACUGUGACCUCUACUUGCCCCUCACGCCCCUGGAGCGCAUGCACCACGAGGCCUCCUGCAGGCCUCCAGGGGAACUGCAGCAAGGACAGGAAGAGGAGACUGUGAAGCCGACUUCAUCCUGCGCGCCCAGUCUGACCAGGCUGUACCACUGUGACGUGUGUGAUGAAGAUCUGAACCUUACCUCCACUGAAAUCCUCAAGCACAAGCGCCAGCACAUGCACUCUGGCAGGUGACAGACAGCGCCGCCCGGUGGACAGCUGUGGAAGCGGCCGUGUAGCCUGUUUGGUUGGAGAGAAGCUACCAUGGAAUGACAAAUGAUUCAUUCAAGAGUUGUAAAUGAAUUGUGGAAUGUUUUUUUUUUACAGGUUACGUGUGUUGAUUGCUUGAGCGGUUUAAGUGUUUUUGAAAACAAUUAAAGAGGUAUUUCCAUGAUGGAAGGAA